CACCCCCAGCCCCAGCCCCUGCCCUGACACCCUCAGACACGCAUGGCCCUUGAAGCUGGCUCUGCAGGCUGAGUCAGCCUGAAAGCAAGUGUGAGCUGGGGCGUGAGCUCACAGCAUGGCGGGACGUGACCGCCGCAGCGGCUGCUCUGCACACCUUGUGUGUCUGGUCAUUUCUCUGCUGAUUAACCCACAGCACAGUCCUGGGAGGGGUACUGGGGUCCCCGCUUUACAGACAAAGAUGCAGAGGCUCAGAGAGGUGCUGGAGCUGGCCUGGAGUCACACCGCGGCUGAAGGCCCUGUGUGGGCUUGGGUCCGCUUACCAGGCAUUUCUCACCUGAACCCUGUCUGAGCUGAUUCGUGGGCGGUGCCAGAACGCACGCUGUCACGCACACAUUUUUUUAAACUGCCGACACCUGGGUUUGCUUUGUGAAAACCGCACCCUGUUAGAAGGCUGCUCAUGGGAUACAGUGCUCCUUCUAGGAAGAUAGGGAUGGGCGGGAGGCCAGGGCGCAGCACCCCUGCCUGCGCUGGGCUCCGGAGCACAUGGCCGCAGGCCGCCCCUCACUGCGGGGUCUGUGGGUGGACAGAGCCCUUGGACUUUGCUCAUUCAUUUCCUUUUGUCCCUAGCGCCAAGUUCCUCCUGCCCGCAGAGGGAACUGCUUCCCCCGGGUGUGCAUCUUCUAGUGUGUGUGCAGGAUUCUGUGCAUGCCUUCCGCGUGCGGCCGUGCGCGGCGAGCAGUGGACGCCCAUCGAGCCCAAGCCCCGGGAGCGGCCGCAGGUCGGGGGCACCAUCAAGCAGCCGCCCAGCAACCCCCCGCCGCGGCCUCCGGCCGAGGCCCGCAAGAAGCCCAGCGAGGAGGCGGCGGCGGCGGAGGGCCCCUCGGCGGGCGCCCAGGUCAACCCCAUCCCGGUGACCGACGACAUCGUGUGACCGCGCCCCGGACCUGCCCGUUCGCCCCGCGCGCCCGCCAGGGGGCGCCCGCCCGCAAUAAACGCAGCGAAGCCCGGA